AAAAAAUAAAACCGAAAAUAAAAUAGCAAAAAAAACGAAAAAAGAAAAAAGAAAAAAAUGUCGGAGCCAAAGGACCCCGCGAUUAAGCUCUUCGGGAAGACGAUUGCUCCGCCGGAGGCUUCUCCGGCCACUCCUCCACCGUCCUCUUCUUUAGCUACUCUUGUUUCCGCCGCCGACGGUAACUACGCCGCCGUUAGUCACGACCACGAUUCUCCUUCUUCCAGAUUAUCUCCGGAAGGCAAUACCGACGGAGAUGGUGAAGAUCUGGAGGCCGAGAAGGAACCCAUGGGAGGGAAAUCAGGUGGAACUGAGCAAGAGGAUGGAGAUAGAGCCAUGUCUGUCUCGACCGAAGAGUUCACAAAUUCGGAUACUUCUGCGGUGAGAUCGGAGAAUUCUAAAGUACCAUCUGGUGAGGAAAGUAAUCUUUCUAGUACUACAAAGACUGAUGAACAGAAUGAAACGAGUAACUCGCAAGAGAAGACGCUCAAAAAACCCGAUAAGAUACUUCCUUGCCCCCGCUGUAACAGCAUGGAUACCAAGUUCUGUUACUAUAACAACUACAAUGUGAACCAACCACGGCACUUUUGUAAGAACUGUCAAAGAUAUUGGACUGCUGGGGGGACGAUGAGGAACGUUCCUGUGGGGGCAGGACGUCGUAAGAACAAGAACUCCGCUUCACACCAGCGUCAGAUUAUUGUUUCAGAAGCACUUCAGCAUUCUCGAAACAAUGUUACCAACGUUAUCCAUCAUUCUGCACUCAAACCUAAUGGGAAUGUGUUGGCAUUUGGUUCAGACACUCCUCUUUGUGAAUCAAUGGCUUCCAUUUUGAACCUUGCUGAUAAAACAAGACAGAAUGGCACUAGAAACGGCUUUCAUAAACCCGAAGCUCUGAAAAUUCCUGCUCCGCCUAAUCAGAAUGGAGAGAAUGAUGAUCAGUCUCAAGAAUCUGCUGCAACUCCAUCAUUUAUAAAUAGUGAAGAAGGUAAAGCUGGGCCACAAGAACAAGUGAUUCAUAAUUGUCAAGGAUUUUUACCACCUCAGAUUCCAUUUUUCCCUGGGGCUCCAUGGCCUUACCCUUGGAAUUCACCACGAUGGAGCUCUCCUGUUCCACCUCCAACUUUCUAUCCACCAGGCUUCCCUAUGCCCUUCUAUCCAACCGCGCCAUUUUGGGGUUGUACCGUACCCGGUGCCUGGACCAUCCCUUGGCUUCCACAGCCGCCAUCUUUGAACCUUGUUGCCCAAAACCAUGCUCCAAACUCUCCAACCUUGGGGAAACAUUCGCGAGACGAGAAUGUGAAUAAGCCAAGUGAUUCUGGGGAGGACGAGCAGCAAAAUGAGAACAAAGCUGAGAGAUGCCUCUGGAUUCCGAAAACGUUGAGGAUCGAUGACCCAGGAGAAGCAGCAAAAAGCUCUAUAUGGGCAACUUUAGGGAUCAAGAAUGACAAGACUGAUUCAGUCAGCGAAGGGCUUUUCAAGGCCUUCCAUCAACCAAAGGGUGACGAAAAGAAUCACAAAGCCGAACCUUCCCCAGUCUUGCAAGUCAACCCAGCUGCAUUGUCCAGAUCAAUCAAAUUCCAUGAAAGCUCGUAAAAGGGAACCAACCAACAAUUCAUAUCAACAAUUGUUCCCACUUCUCAUCCGGACGAUACAUACAACUGCAUCGUGUCCAUCCUUCUGUUACAAAUCUGUAUAAAUCACUAGACCCAUCCGACCGAGAAGAAAAAGUAGCUUCUAUGGCUGUUCCCACGAGUUCGAAGACAAAAACGACUUGAAAUUUUUAUGUGUAUUUGUAAUGUUUAAGAAGUAGGUGGCAUUUUGUCUCCAGUUUGAAGUUUGUCUGAAUCAUGAUGUACAUAUAUAUAUAAAAAUGUAUGUGAUCCAGGAAAAGCUUAGUUAGUACUACAGAAGUGAGUGAGAAGUAGUAGCUGCAGUAGCAGUACCAAUAAUAACUAUAAUGUGUACCUAAAUAAAUAUUUAGAAAUCAAAAAACUGAUCUUAUUAGUUUU